AUGGACAUCGCCGGCUUCUUCUGGUACAACAUGGCGCUGCUCACCGUCCUGGGCAUCGCCAUUAUCACCGCCGGAGUCCUCGGCAUCCUCACCUGCUGCAGAGCCCGCCGCCGUGACGACCUUGCUCGAUCCGCUCUGCCCUGGCUCAAAGCGACAGCCAGCAUGACAAUUCUCUCUCAGCUUUUCUGGCUCAUCGGCAGCGGCCUCCUUAUGAUCUACUAUGCCUUUACUUCUUCGCCUUCUUCUCUCUCGUCGAGUGAGGCCCUGGAGCUCAGGCUCGCCUACCUUAAGAACCUGGCCUCGUUUUUCCGUAAACCUGAAAAUACCGAUUUGUUCAGCAACCCAAUCAUCAGCCCGAUAGCUAUAGGCCAGGUCCAAUGCUUUGCUCUCCUGUUUGAGGUCGUUGCCUCUGCCUUGUUCAUCGCUACCCAGUUCGAGUUCACUCUCGGCCUACAAGCUCUUUCCGAAACAGCCUCCUCUUUGGACACGUCCGCCUCUUCCGUGGACACGACCGCAUCCUCGAUUUCGAGCUUCUUCAAGAUGAAGCCCCGCGUCUGGAGCCUAGCCCCGUUCAUCACCAUCAUGGUCCUCGCCACCGGUCUCUUUGCUGCUCAGCAGGUUUAUGUAACGGGGAGCAGUAUGUCGGCCAACAUAAUCAACGCCUUUGUUUUAGUGGUGUAUAUCGCUCUGGCGCUCGCUGCAAUCGCCUCUCUCGCUUUCACCAUCCUCAAAUCCCGGGGUUUCCCUUACGGUCAUAAAGAGCUUCGAUAUUAUCUGCUUUCUCUCAACUCCAUAACCGUUACUCGUCACAUCUGCACGGUGGUCCUCGCAGGUAUGAGCGGUGGCUACGUUGACGGUCUCUGGAAAGGCCAAUCCGACGGCGCGCCCUUCGUUCGAGUCAUCGCCACGCACCUCCUGUCUACCAUCAGCCUGGGCAUCGCAUAUGGCAUCGCGACGAAGAAGCAUGAGGGGCUUUGGGCGAGCGAAAUAUACCGCCACUACGUCAAAGCUUGA